UCUACUUAUUUCUGCUGUGCUAAUAUGCUUCGGGAUGACAUUCUUGAUCCUGGCAUGUGCGAUACCACAACCAAAACUCUUCUAUCCUUUCUUUGUUUUCAUCUUCUACCUUCUGUCGAUCAUCCCUCUGAUUAUUGCCAGACGAGUCACUCCGACCGGAGAAACAAAUGCUCGUUCUGAAUUUGCUUUAUUCCUUGCUGCUGGAUUUGUUCUAAGUGCAUUUGCUCUCCCAAUUGUUUUGGCCAGAUCAGCUGUUAUUACUUGGCUAGCGUGUUGGUUAACACUUGGAGGAAAUCUUAUAAAUUAUCUCACUAUGCUUGGCUAUGCUAUGAAAGAUAGUGAAUUUGAAGCAUCUUACGGAGGAAUGUUUUAAUUCGAAUGAAAAAAAAAUAAAACUUCCAUAUUUAACUGGGUUUUAUAACCAUAAAACAUUUAUCAUUAAACUCACUAACUUUAGAUUUAAGUAUCAAACAAGAACAAAAAAACAAAAUAAAAGUAUGAGUUUUUCUUAAGUCGCACAUUUUGGGGUAUAUACAUAAAUGUUGCUAUAAAAACAAAGGAAUCUCAUACGAGUUAUUAUGCUACAAAAACAAAUCAUUUAUAAAUGUUUUUUUUUUUAUAUUUUUGUUUUUCACAGUCGGAAGUGGAACGAACUUAUAUAUUUAUGAGAAAAAUAAAAUAGAACUUUGAUUUUUUAGUGCUCGUUUUAUAAUGUAAAAUAUAAUAAUAUUUAUGUCUGUAAUUGGUAAAUAAAUUUCAUUAGUACUAUCUAUCCUUAA